UGAGUUUUUACAAAGCAAUGUCUCAGUAGUUUUCUGUGAUAUUAUUCCCAAAAUGACGGAAGAGUCGGCUGUAAAAGUCUGCGUAAGAGUCCGCCCGGUUGUUGCCCGGGAGAAAGUGGCUUCGUCAGAGGACACAGGGCCUCAGUUGUAUUGGAAAGCGGACCAAAAAUCUAUUCAUCAGGUCGAUGAAGGCUCCAAGUGUUUUAGUUUUGACCGGGUGUUCACGGCUGAGGAAACAACCACUCAGGUUUAUCAGGGUUUUGGAAACCCUCUGGUUGUUUCCACUGUUGGAGGAUACAAUGGAACUGUGUUUGCCUACGGACAGACUUCAUCUGGAAAGACUUUCACUAUGAUGGGCAAUGACCAUAACCUUGGAGUUAUUCCUUUGGCUGUGGAAGAUGUCUUUAAAACUAUUAAAUCUUUUCCAAAUAAGGAGUUCCUUCUUAGAGUGUCUUACAUGGAAAUCUAUAAUGAAACUGUGACCGACCUGCUUGUUGACAGCAGAAAAAGAAAACCUUUGGAAGUUCGAGAAACAAUCAAUAAAAACAUCUACGUGGCUGAUCUGACAGAGGAGCUGGUUACAUCUACUUCACAAGUUCUCGCCUGGAUCAGGAAAGGAGAAAAAAACCGUCRGUAUGCAAAGACAAAAAUGAAUCAGCGAAGCAGUCGCUCGCAUGCUAUUUUUCGUAUGAUCUUAGAAAGUCGAGAAAGAAGUGAUCCAGCAUCGAGUGACAAUACCGACGGAGCCAUCAUCGUGUCUCAUUUAAAUUUAGUGGAUCUUGCCGGGUCUGAGAGAGCAAGUCAAACAGGAACUGAAGGUGCACGCUUCAAAGAAGGUUGCAAUAUAAACCUCAGUCUUUUCACACUUGGUCAGGUGAUCAAGAAGCUAACGGAUGAAAACUAUAAGGGUUUCAUAAACUACAGAGACAGCAAGUUGACUCGCAUCCUGCAGAACUCUCUUGGUGGAAAUGCUAAAACUGUCAUCAUCUGCAACGUUACUCCUUACACGCUGGAGGAGACCCUCAGCACUUUACAGUUUGCCAGCACGGCAAAGAAAAUGAAGAACGACCCACAUGUUACUGAGGUGUCAGAUGAUGGAGCUUUGCUCAAACGGUAUCGUAAUGAAAUUGUGGAUUUAAAGCGACGACUUCAUGAGGUUACUUCAGUCACACAGACCACAGAAACAAAAAAUGAGGCUCUGUCUCAGCUGCUCCAGGAAAAAAACCAACUCCAGAGAGAACAAGAAGACAGGAUCAGAAACCUUACCCAGCUGCUUGUUACCAGUUCAAACCUGGUUUCUGCUCAAAGGAUGCCUAAACGAAGGAUGACAUGGGGAGGAAAACUGUUUGGACUUGCCCAUCAGUCUUCAAGUGACAAUGAUGGUACGUCUGACUUGACUUUUGCGGGACCUUUCAGUCAGAAGUGGAAAUCACAGAUCUCCAGUAUGAUGGAAAUAACUGAAGGCGAUGAAGACUUUGAUUCUACCUGGAUGAUCCCAGAGGAGCCGUCAUGUGAAAUGGAUAUGAGUGAGAACUUUGUGACUUUCCGCAGAUCUGGCAACAGUUCAACAGAUUUCGUGUCUCCUGACCGCGAAAGUGAGCUUUCAAAAAAAGUGUCCGACUUGAAGUCGCAGCUUGAAGCUGAAGUCCAACAGAAGGAGGAAGCCGUCAAGCAAACUGAAAUGUUAGACGGUAAGGUGGCCGAGCUGCAGCUGCAGCUCCAAACUGAAGCACAACAGAGAACUGAAGCCWUUGAAAAAAUGGCGGCAGCAGAAAAAAAGGCUGCAGACCUGGAAAGACGGCUUCAAACAGAAGCUCAGCAGAACGAAGAAGCCAUUGAGAAAACUGUGGCAGCUGACAAGAAGGCAGUAGACCUGGAAAGGCAACUCAGCCUUACUGAAGAAAGCCUUGCUGAAUCUAAAUGUAUGAACAUGGAAUUUGGAGAAAUCGUUCAUCUUUGUGAAACUUUGGCUUCAGAGAAGGACAAGGUCAUUGCUGAGCGAGACUAUCUCAAACAGGAGCUGGGGUUGUUCAUGGAGCAGAUUCAAAAUUUAGAAAAAGAGAACGCCGUUAUGUCACAGGAACUGAAAGAGAAACAUGAACUGAGUGAGUUUGAGUCYCUGGAAGCGAACAUCAUUGAAGAGCAGGAGAAUGAAUUAAAAAAAGAAGUAAGCUGCCUGAGGAAGGCCAUCAAAGCAUCUGAAGACCAAUGCCUGGAACUUCAGAACAAUAUUCAAACUUUGUCUGAGGAGCUGAAAAAGAAAACUGAAUUUUCAGAGGAGCUGCAGAAAAUGAGCGGUACGGACCUGGUGCAAGAAGUGGCAAAGCUUCGUCGCUCCCUGGAUGAUGCAGAGGGYGUUAGCAGGGACACAAAGAAGGAAUGGGCCUUUCUUCGUAGUGAAAACAUUGCUUUAGAGGAGCUGAAAGUGACCUUGACUGUCAGGCAGGAGAAGAUGGAGGCUGAGAUGAACAKCUUGCUCUCACAGCUUGAAAGAGAGAAGUCUCGCUACAAAAAGAUGCAGAGUGAUCUYCAAAAAGAACUGAAUGUUGUGUUUGAUGAAAAUACCAAACUCACCACUCUGCUAGAUGGCAAAGUCCCACAGAAUUUGAUAGAAAGUGUGGAACUUGGAAGAACUGUKGCCAAGCUGGAGAAAGAGCUGACAGCAUCUUGUGAAGCAGAGGAAACACUCCGAGCUGAGCUGGAGAAGCUGGCUUCAUUUCAAACUCUUCCAGAUCAGGUGGAGAACUUGACAAAGCAGGUUUGUGACCUGACUGAGRAGCUGCAAAUUGUGAAAAAUCAGAGGGACGAGCUGCUUUCAGAUCAAACUCGGUGUGAGCAGGAGCUCAGGGACGUCCUGCAAACAUCUAAGGAGGAGGUGCUGAAAGUUCAAGCAGAUCUGGAUGUUUCUGCUCAGAGGGAGAAAGAGCUGAAGCAGCAGUGUGAUGAUGCAACUCAGCAGCUGGAUGURCUUCACUCAGAACUGAAACAAUCUGAGGCUGAGAGGAGCAAACUGAAAGCUUUUCUUGAAGAAAGGGACACAAAGCUGAAGCAGCUGAAUGAAGCACUUGAGUGUGUGCAAGCAGAGAAGGAGGUGCUCCUGUCUGAGCAGAGUGCUUCAAGUCAAAGUUCAGCAGAGGAGACAAAGGAGUUUCUUUCCACAAUAACGUCUCUGAGAGAGGAAGGAGACAAGCUCAGGCUGGACCUGCAGGCACAUGUGGACAAGGCCACAGAGAUGGAUGUUUUGCUACAGCAUCUUCAACAAGAACUUGAAGAACAAAAGCAGAAGAACUCUGAUAUGACAAAAAUGUUUGAGCAGAAAGAGUGUGAAUUAGGGGAAAACCUAACAAGGCUAUCGCAGGAGCUUCAGGCUGUGCAGGAGGAGAAAAUGRUUCUGGAAUGCAACAACGCUGGGAGAUCUGCAGAGGAGGUGGAGAGGCUUCUUUCUGCUGUGGCUUCUUUCACAGCAGAACGAGACCAGCUCAAAGUGGACCUACAGGGAAAUGUUGAGAUGAUGAAGACUUUGACUGAAGAGCUUGAGAAUGUGCAAGCAGAGAGAGAUGCUCUGAUGCUUGAAAGGGAAGCCAGCAGUCAGACGUACACAGAGGAGAUGGAGAAGCUGCAGUGCAGAGUGACAUCUCUCAGUGAGGAGAAAGAUCAGCUGCAAGAGAUUCUAGAGGGACUAAAAGAGGAGAAGCAAAAGCUCAAAGCAGAGCUGGAGAUGCAAUGUGAGUCCCAGCCACAGCUCACCUGUGAACUGCAGCCACUUGCAGAUGAGCGAGAAGCGCAUCAACUUCAGAUUGAACAGCUGGAAGAGAAGUUGAGGAAUGCCAAGGAGGAGAUUAGCCAGCUAAAGUUUGACCAAGAAAAUUUCAAACAGUCACAGGAGCUUCAGGCUGUGCAGGAUGAGAAACUGGCUCUGCCAACAUGCGAUGCUGGGAGCUCUGCAGAGGAGGUGGAGAAGCUUCUUUCUGCUUUGGCUUCUCUCACAGCAGAACGAGACCAGCUCAAAGUGGACCUACAGGAAAACGUGGAAUUGAUGAUUGAACAUCAGGAAGAGUUGAAAACAGCCGUAGAAAAAAUUCGGGAGCAGAAAAAGCAAAUCAAACUCCUGGAAUCCGAAAAAAAGCAGAGAGUAAAUGGACAUCUGAAUGAUAAUGUUCCACAGUUAGAGGAGCUCCAGAUAAAUAUGAGAACUCUUAACGAGGAGCUUGAGAAGCUGGGAGCAGAGAGAGAUGCUCUGAUGCUUGAGAAUGAAGCCAGCAUUCAGAGGUACACAGAGGAGAUGGAGAAGCUGCAGUGCAGAGUCACAUCUCUCAUGGAGGAAAGAGAUCAACUGCAGGAGACUCUGGAGAUGCUGAAAGAGGAGAAGAAGCAGAUCUGUGCAGAACUGGAGGACAGGAUACAAACUGUUCGUUUUCAGAUGAAGAUUCUAACUGAGGAGCUUGCAAACACUCGAGCGGAGAGAGAUGCUCAGAAGGAAUGUAACGGUCCAUCCCAAACUGAGCAGCUGGAGAAGCUACGGUGCCGAUUGGCAUCUGUCAGUGAGGAGAGAGAUCAGCUGCAGGAAACCCUGGAGGGACUGAGAGAGGAGAAGAAGCAGCUCAGAGAAGAGCUGGAGGACAAGAUGCAGAUGAUGCAAUGUGAAUUCCAGCAUCAGCUGAACUCUGAACCACAGCCUCUGACAGAUGAGAGAGAAGCAUUUCAACUACAGAUUGAACAGAUGGAGAAAACAUUGGAGAACGCCAACGAGGAGAUUAGCCAGUUAAAGUUUGGCCUUCAAGAAAAUGUCAAGCUGAUGACUGAGAAACAGGAGGAACUGAAGGCUUCUCAGGAGAAAAGCAGAGUCCUCCAAGAGGAACUUGCAGCAUUUAAGAGUCAGAUGUCAGAACUGCAGAGCAGCAGAAAUGAGGAAGAAAGAAGUAUCCAGUCUCUCCAGUCCAAAAUCCAGAUAUUGACUGAAGAGCUGGACUCGGUGAGAGCAGUUGGAGUCCGUCUACUGUCUGAGAACGAGGCCAGCAACCAAGCCCACACUGAGGAGGUGGAGAAGCUGCAGAGCAGAGCGACGUCUCUCAGUGAGGAGCGAGAUCAACUGCAGCACAUUCUGGAGGGACUGAGAGAGGAGACGCGGCAGCUCCGAGCAGAGCUGGAGGACAGAGAAACUCUACAAGCUGAGAUGACUCGGCUGAAUAUGGAUCUCCAGACUGUUACUCAGCACAAAAAGCAGCUAGAAGAUUAUCUGAAGGAGUCUGUGGAAAAGACUGAGGAUUUGGUGAAUAAAUUGAAGCAAGUUGAAGCAGAGAGAAAUGCACUGCUGUCUAAUGAGGAGACCAUUCAUCAGAUCCACACAGAGGAGAUGGAGAAGCUGCGGAGCAGAGUGACGUCUCUCAGUGAGGAGCGAGAUCAGCUGCAGGAGCUUCUUGAUGGACUGAGAGAGGAGAAGAAGCACCUUGGAGCAGAGCUGGAGGAUAAGAUACAGAUGAUCACAGCCACUCAGGAGAAGUUAGAACAGCAGGRACAAAGGAAUCUACAGCAGCAAACUGAGCGAGAUGAACAAGAGGCCAUGCUGAAACUUMACGUGCAGCAGCUCAAAGAGCAGCUGCUGAUGCAAACAGAACAAGCUCGUGCUAAAGCUGAUGCUGAAACCUCUCAGCAGUUGCUUGAUGAAGCUUGCUCAACCAUCUCAACCCUGAAAGAACAGUUGAACAGACUGGAACAGAACACCAAAAAUGAGGAGUCMGUGUCCUCACAGCUGCAGAACUCCGUCUCUCAACUCCAGAAGUYUUUCCGAAGCUUGCAGGACGUAAUACAUACUACUUCUAGAUCUGGUGCCAAACCUGUGCACGACGUUCUCAAACUGCAGGGUUGUUUGAAGCCUGCUUUGCUGAGAACUCUGCCAAAAGCCACAUUAAAGAUUCAUAGUGGUGUUUUUGAGGAGGGACUGAAGACUGUGCAGAGUUUCCAAACAAUUCAGAACGAGAUCCAUAUGCAAGCACUUAGCUACAAAAAAACGUUCUGCGAGUUGGUUAACAAAGAUUUAGCCAUUUUUGAGGAGAGACGACUGCAGGAUCUGCUGCUGUCCAGAGCACAUACCCCCACAUACUCUGUUCAAAAAGUUGACUUCCGCUCGCUAUGGGAACAAAGGCUCUGUGAGCUUCUGGACAAACGGCAGCUUUACCUGCAGAAAAUGGACUAUAUUUCAAACAAGCUCUGGGAGAGCAAGGCUUCUUGUUGUCUAAAGGAAAACGCGGAGAUCUGUGAAAGGGAGAAGGUCAAUGGGCAGCUAGAAAGGGUCAUCAGCAGCCACCCUGUCAAUGUCACCCUGCUGGACAGUAUUCUGAGCCAAGAGAUAUUUCGUAGAUCUGCAUCUGCCCAAACAACCCUGACGUCUAUACAGCCUAUCUUGAAGGAGAACAAACAGUUUUGGGAAGAACUAAAGCAGUUGUACGCUCAAAGUGAAUCUCAGCUCAGAGAAGAGAAAAGCAAGAGUUCCACUCUGCUGCAGGCACUGGAAGGAGCUCCUCUGAAAACAGAAGUGUCCCUGCUGGAGGACAACCAGAAACUUGUUCUACAGCUGCAACAAGUGGAACGAAACAUCAAGAUUCUGCGUGCAGAAAUUGAGGUGCUUAAAGAGGCUCAGAUAAAUGCCGACAGUAGGGUGUCUCAGCACAAACAGGCCACCUUGCUCCUCCAGACUGAACUGCAGGACACACGUGCGCUUGUGCAAGAGAAAGAGGACUCAAUCCAAACCCUGAAGAGUAAACUUCGAGAGUCUGAAAAAAAAGAGUCACCUAGUGCUGUGGAGCUGGAAACGUUGCACAACAAGCUGUUCCAAAUGGAGGUGAAGCUCACUUCAAAAUCAGAUGAACACCAGCAGGAGAUCCACAGGAUGAAUAUUUUGCUGAGCGAGAAAGAAGAUUCUCUGAGGAGGAUGAAAGAGGCUCUGAGGAAAUCGCAGCAAGGAGAGGAAUCYUUUCUGCAGGGACAGGACCUUUACAACAAACUGACUCAUCCUAGAGGUGUAGUGAUCGAGAGUAGCAUCGUACAGGAAAAGACCAAGCUGGAAAAUAAAGUUCGGCAGCUUCAGCUGAAAAUUACAGAGCUGGAAAGCUUGGUGUCCAGUCAGCAGGCUGACAUCAGUAAGUGGAAGAACAGAGCCAUCAAGCUGAAAGGGAUGAGCAAAUCUGAGGAUAAGAAGACCUCACCCUCUACUCCAACUAAGAGGAUCUUUUCUAUGACCGUAGACUCUGACAAUGUUUUGGGCGCUCCCAAAAAAAUKAUCUUUCCAGGCAGUAAAGUGCUAGACUCGCCUAAAAAGGGUUUGCAGUCUCCCCGAAAACUCCCAGGCUCUCCAAAACCAGUGCUCAACUCUCCUAAAAGCAGAUUGUUUGAUACAAGCGAAGGCUCAGAACUGCUGUCCAGGAGCCGCCCCCGACAGUUCUUUGAUAACUCCGACCUUGGAGUCAUUCCAGAUGCAGCUGUUGGGACAGAUGUGGAGAGAGGCUGGUUCSAUCCAGAGGAUUUGGACAAACAGUGUUCACAACAGUGAAUCCAAAAAUGAUCUGCAAGUGUUUCUGUGUUGUGUAUUUUUAAACAAUUUAAACUCAAAUAAAGUCUUUGUUUUAUUUCA